ACCUAAUCGCGCUAUCAAUUACUCGUUUGAGCUCAAAUUGCCGUAGAUGACUCAAGUCCUGCACAUAGCAAAUAUGGAGAAGAAAAAAAAAAGAAAUGAAAAAUUUUUGAUGAGACAUGACAAGAAACUGAAAGCGUCAUAGAGAUAGAAAGAUAACUCUAACUAAAGAAAUCUCUUCUGUUGUCAUUAUUUUUACAUCAUCAUCAACUUUUCAUUUCAUUUAUUCCUUUCGUUUCAUAUAAGACACUACGUUGAAGAUACGAUGAUGGCACCUCCUCCUCCAAUAGUCAUCGAUGCUCAGGCUGUCAGUGGUAUAACUGGUUCUAUUUCCAUAGCAUGUUGGAUUAUUGUGUUUGCUCCACAGAUUUAUGAGAAUUUUAAACGGAAAUCAAGUGAAGGUUUAUCAUUAAGUUUUAUUAUAUUAUGGUUAGCUGGUGAUGUUUUCAAUGUAUUGGGAUCAGUAUUACAAGGUGUCUUACCUACCAUGAUCAUUUUAGCUAUUUAUUAUACUUUAGCUGAUAUUGUAUUAUUAUGGCAAUGUUUAGUAUAUGGUAAUGGGGAUAAUAAAGCAGAUUUAAUUCAUUUAUCUCCUGCUAAUCCUAUUAGUGAAGAUGUAUUGGAAACAGUAUUAUCAAGAGAUAAACAUCAUCAAUCUCAUCAUAUAGUUCAACCAUCAUCAGAAUCAUCAUAUUCUCAAACUGAAAUUGAAGAAAAUAAUGGGGAUAUUAAUAGUACUAGUAAUAACAGUACUAGUAACCAAAGUAAUUCUAAUAAUGCCGACUUGGAACAAGGGUCAUUAAGUCUUUCAUCAUCAAGUUCAUCAUCACAAUCAUCCACUUCAUCUUUAUCUACUGUCCAAUCCAUUUUAGUUAAACUUUUAAUGGUAUCAUUAGUUAUCUUAGCUGGUAUACUAGGUUGGUAUAUAACAUAUUCCAGAGAUAAUGGUAAACAACAUACUAAACCAAAACAUCCAAAAGAUUUACAAUUUGAUCCAUUAGCUCAAUUCUUUGGUUGGUUAUGUGCUAUCUUAUACUUGGGAUCUCGUAUUCCUCAAAUUAUAUUAAAUUUUGAAAGAAAAUCAUGUGAAGGUAUUUCAUUUAUGUUUUUCUUAUUUGCAUGUUUAGGAAAUUUAACUUAUGUGGUAUCUAUUUUAGCCAUUGAUAUGAGUUGGCAUUAUUUAUGGGUUAAUUCAAGUUGGUUAGCUGGUUCAUUAGGUACAUUUGGAUUAGAUUUUACAAUCUUUGUCCAAUUUUUCCUUUAUAAUGAAAAUGGUAAUGGUUCAUAUAGUGAGCUUGAAGAAAGUGAAGAAUCUUCCUUAUUAUCCGAACAACAACAACAACAACAACAAACAUAUGGUGCUUCAUCAUCUUAAGACAUUUAGAUAGACAAUCAGAAUCAGAUCAUAUCUAAUCUAAUCAAAUCAAAUCAAAUCAAAUCAAAUGCCGCUAUACCCUAUCCUACACUAUUAACGAAGAAAAGGUCAUGUCAUGUACAAUUAUUUUUAUUUUUAUUUAUAUUUAUAAUGCUUAUUUAUAAUCUAGGUAGAUAUAUAAAAGUUCAAUAGAAAAGAACAUAGAUUAGAUAUGAUAAAUUGUAGUUAUAAUAAUAAUUAUCAUAUGGUACAAGAAAUGAAAAGAAAAAAGAAAGAAAUAUUCUCGCUUUUAACGUCAAACCCCUCAA